AUGCAGGCUACAUCUGUAAACAAUGGCGCUGUAUCGCAACCGACUGAGAAGCCGACAACGAAGGUAUGGAGGCUUUGUCCAUUCAGGAACCCGGCUCGCUCUGAUGGUUUGGUUUUACGGCAUUGGCGUAAAGUGGUGAGGUGUGGAGAACCUGCUCCUGUCGCGGUGAAUGCCCCCAUUGAAUUGAAGGAGAAGUAUGCGUCUACGUUGGACUCUACUUUAUCUUCAACUCUCCCCAAGGUUGACGAAGAGCUUGCCGUGAUAGACUCAUAUCCGUUCGCAAAAAUUGCGCCAGCGAUUAAGAUAUAUCGUUAUUCUGAUGAGUUUUAUCGUUAUCAGAUCAGUGAUUUAGACCCUUCUUGGACUAAAGAAGAGACUGAUUUGUUAUUUGAUUUAUGUGAGAUGUUUGAGCUUCGUUUCAUAGCGAUCCAUGAUCGUUUUAAGUGGCGUAAGGAUGUUACUUUAGAGAAGUUGAAACAUCGUUACUAUACUGUUACGAAGCGUAUUAUCGAAUUUUCCUUUGAGGAGAAGAUCAAGGCGGAAUUGGCAAAGCACAACAACCCGGCUCAUCCAGUGGUAAUAGCACUUCGUGAUGAGGCUUCACGUCACCCUCUUGUAAAAUUUUGUUAUAAUAUGGAGCAUGACCGCGACCGCCGUCAGAUGUUGGACCGUAGUUACAAGGUAUCCCAGGAGCAGAAAGAAGCUGAGGAGAAAAUUUUGGAAGACAUAAAGGAAGCUGAGUCAUUGGUGAAGCGUGAGGAGCGUAAGAAAAGCGAGUUGAAGAAGCUGAAGAGGAAGUUUAGUGUGAUUGAUGAGGCCAUUGCGCUUCCUAAUAUGGACAAGCUUAAUUCGAAGGAUGUAUGGCUUGCGAGUGAGAUUGUAACACAUUACAAGGCUCAGCUUAACCAGAAGCAUAAUGACGCUGUUGAUGAGAUGCUUGCAGCUUUGAACAUUCCUACUCCAGUGAUUUCAUCUCGCGCAUCGAAUGAGCUAUACUGUGUAGUGCGAGGCGAUGCUGCGAUAAUGAUUAACUUGGUGAAUAAGGUUGACAGUUUGAAGAAGGAGCUUGAGUAUUGGAAGGCUAGCGCUGGUCCUCUUCCCGAUCAUAUAACUACUCCCAAGACUAAGGAUAAGAUUACAUCUUACCUUGAGGCUGCAGAUGCUGCAACGGCGUUCCAGACCCCUCGUGCGAUGAUGCCUACAGCUUUGUUGCCUAAAGCUAAGCAUCAUCAACCUCAACACCUGAUGCAACAUCAGCCACCACUUGUUGAGGACAGUUCUAUGUCUCAUGGUGAUGUUGGUCAUGUGGAUCCUGAGCAGCAAAACCAGAAUGCUUAUUAUCAGCAGCAGAUUGCUAGGCAGCGUAUGAUGAUGGUGCAACAGCAGAUGCAUCAGCAGUUAGCUCAGCAGCAAUCUCAGGGUCAGCAUCAACCGUCGCCUCAGCCGACUCCGCCUCAAGUGCCUCAAGCUAAGGCUCAACAACCGUCUCAGCAACAGCAGCCGCCUCCGAGGAACCAGAUGCAGCAGGUGUACCCUAUGAAGCUAUCGCCUAACGGUACCUCAAGUCCGCAUGUGUUUCCGCAGCAAGGUCAUUAUCAGCAGAUGAUGCCUCACAUGAACCAGCAGCAGCACAUGGGUCAGCAGUCUCCGAUGGCUAAGCAGCCUUCUAUGCCUCAAGUGCCGCAGCAUGGUAUGCCUCAUGCUAUGAUGGCUCAGCAUCGGAUGAUGCAGCAGCGUAUGAUGCAGUAUGCUCCAUAUUCUCAGCAAGCAUUUCAGCCUAUGCCUAUGCGUAUCCAUCCUCAGGGUAUGUAUUACCCUAACCAGAUGUUUGCGCAGGGUCCUCAGCCGCAUUAUGGUCACAUGAUUCAGCAUGGUAUUCCUCAUCAGCAGGCUGGUAUGCAUCAGAUGGGUCAGAAUGCGCAUCUGCAACCUCAGCACAUGGGAGCUCAGGGUCAGCUGCAAGGUUCUAUGCCUGGUCAGCUGCAGGGUCCUAUGGGUGGUCAUAUGACUCCUCAAAUGCAGGGUGCCAUGUCAGGUCAGCUGCAAGGUUCUAUGGGCGGUCACCUGACCCCGCAGAUGCAGGGUCAACCUGGCGGCGGUCAACCUCAACAGAUGGGUUCUCAUCAGGUUGUUUUGACGCGAGUGAGCGUUUACCCGUCAUCAUCUUUUGCACGGGCGUUGAGCGACGUUAAACCCCCGUUACCAUCUGUCCCGUGUCGUUUUCUCUAUCAACCGGCGUUACCUUUUGAAGGUGUGUCGGCUACAAUUCAGAGCCUUGCUGAGAAAGCCUGUGCGAGUACAUCAAGUUGGAAAUCUAGGAUAGAAGGGCGUGUUUUAAGUCUGAAUGUAGCUGCGCGCGAGGAGGCAACCGCUCUCAUUGGUCCUCCUGCGGUAUCCUAUACCGUUAGACAUCCAUUUUCUAAGUUUAGCGGUGUAAGUAAUCGUGGUAUAAAACGUGCUGGUCUGCUUUGUCAUGGUCCUACGAUAAAUUAUGAGCACGCUGAAGCUCUACAGAGGUUAUGGCUGGAAUACAUAUCCGACGUGCUUGGUAACCAAUCACGUCCUCAGAACAUCGUACGUACCCUUGCUUUAUGUGAUUUGCAAGGAGCUAAGGUGGAUGUGGUCAGCAGUCGGUGUCCUUCUUACGUUGGCAUUUCUGGUAUAAUAGUGCGUGAGACUCAACAUGGGUUCUAUAUCGUCAAGGUCGACUCUACAGUGUCCCUGGUAUUAAAGUCCGGUACCGUGUUUGCGCUUGAGUGGAACAACUGUAAGUUCCACAUAUACGGUGCCCACUUGACCGCUACGCCUGCUCAUAGAAGCAAGCGUAAAUUUAAAUCCAAGAGCCAUUUGUAA